UCCGCCACCACACACGUUCUCCUACGUGGGCAGCAGGGGGUGCUGCGCCCCAACGACCUCAGCUCCAGCUUCCGACUCCGGGUCCUUUGGGAGCCGUCGCGCGCUGACGUCAUAACCACGCGCCGCCUCGCACCCGGGGCCGGCCAGAUCGAAGCCGGACGCAAAUUCACCGCUGGUAUCCCGAGCUCAAGCUCUGGCCUCUGUGUGGGCCCGCCGAACCUUGGCCAUUCUUUCAGCGAACAGGAGUCAGGGAAGGCGCCUGGCUAGUCCCACGGAAGGCGGGUAGGCGAAAGCCUUGAGAGAGCGGCCACGUUCCGCGCCUGCGGCCUGGCGGAGCCCGCCACUCGCGCAGGCGCAGGGCGGACGCGGGCUGCGCACGCGCAGAAGCGCCAGCGCGUUCUAGGAUUGGUCGCGGACGCUGGCUGCGGGGACAGCGCGAGUGCUGGGCGCUUCCUGCGCCAGGAGCGAGGUGUUGAUCAGCUGUGGAAAAGAUGCCAGCGUCAGCUGCCACAUAUGAAAGAGUAGUGUACAAAAAUUCUUCGGAGUACCACUACAUGAAAGUCUGCCUAGAAUUUCAAGAUCAAGGCAUUGGGCUAAGCUCUGCACAGUUCAAACAGCUACUUAUUUCUGCUCUGAAGGACCUGUUCGGGGAGGUUGGUGCUGCCUUACCCCUGGAUGUCCUGACCUAUGAAGAAAAGACCUCAUCAGCCAUCUUGAGAGUGUGUAGCAGGUUUCUCCCUUUCUCCUUGCAUUAUCUGGUAAUAGUAGGGAUCUAGUACUGGAUUGAAUAGUCUUCAAUUUCAGAAACUUUUCC